AAUUUAGAAUUUUUUGCUAUUAUUUGAUUGUGCCACGCAAAGACUUCCCAAAAGUGUACAAAAAUUUGGAAAAUUUCUAUUAAUUCAGCAUUGACUUUCAUACAUAACAAAAAAUAUAAAAAAUAAUAUUCAUAUCUAAAUACUUUUAACAGAACAUACAUUUGUCCAACAAGGAAAAUGGGAUCAAGUCAUAGUGUAGAGGUUCCUGGUGGUGGCACAGAAGGUUAUCAUGUACUAAAAGUACAAGAUAAUUCACCUGGUCAAAAGGCAGGCUUAGAGGCCUUUUUCGAUUUCAUUGUCGCCAUUGCCGGUACUCGGCUUGAUCAGGAUAAUGAUAUGCUAAAGGAACUAUUGCGUCAAAAUGUUGAUAAGCCUGUGCGAUUAACGGUAUACUCAAGUAAAACCCAAACAGUGCGCGAGCAAAUGUUGACACCAAGUAAAAACUGGGGUGGCCAAGGCUUGUUAGGUGUGAGCAUACGAUUUUGUUCUUUUGAAGGAGCCAAUGAGAAUGUAUGGCACAUACUGGAAGUACAUCCCAAUUCACCGGCAGAAAUAGCAGGCCUACGUGCUUAUUCCGACUACGUUAUCGGUGCCGAUGCCAUAAGGCAUGAAAAUGAUGAUUUAUUUACAUUGAUUGAAUCACACGAACAACAGCCACUCAAAAUGUAUGUAUACAACAUUGAUGACGACGCAUGUCGUGAGGUAACGAUUAAGCCAAAUUCAAAUUGGGGUGGUGAGGGUGCAUUGGGCUGUGGAAUAGGUUAUGGAUAUUUACAUAGAAUACCUGUUCAAGCAUCAGUUGCAAAGACACCAACAACAAUUGAACCGGUAAACACACCAAAUACUUUGGCAAACCCUAUACCACCAACUACGCAAGCAACAGCGACACCAACUAUUGCACCAACGCUGCCUUAUGUCCCCCCUUUAACGAAUACAUUUAAACAACAGCAAGCAACAAAUGUGUCAGCAGAAGCAUCAAAUGGAGCAGUGAGCGCUGAUUCAACAGUAACAACUUCUCAGCAACAGCCAAGUGUUUUCCAAACAUACUUUAAUCCUGAUGCAACAACAAAUACUUUAGCGCCCAUUAGCAUUGAAGAUAAGGUUAGUGGUGCGAUAAGUGCAUCAACAGGUGCUGAGCAUAGUAAUGUGGAAGCUAAUGUACCCAAUGUAACUUCUACUACUGGCGAUUUGUUUCCAUCAUCCGCUGCUGCGACAAACCCAUUACAGUCACAAUUCUACGUUUCGAAUGUUCUACCACCAUCAAACUUAUUCAUACCCGGUUCAAAUGAGCAAACAACCCUUGCCGCACCAGUUAAUACAACUAUUGGCGCUGCACAGUUGCCAUAUCCGCAUGCUACAUUACCAGCAAAUGCACCUACCCCAUACGUCUCCACGGCUACCGUACCAAUGUAUUCGAUGGCAACACAACAGCAACAGCAAUAUAUGACUGCACCAAUGACAUUAUCAUACCCAGCUGCACAUACUGUACCGACUUAUCCACAAGUACAACCACCGGCCGGUCUUUAUCCAUCGCAACCAACACCUUUACCACCACAAAUGUAUGCACAUCAAGCGUCAGCAACCGAAUCGUCGAAUGCUAACAUUAUAAGUGGUACAACUGUUUCUGCUCCACCUGCAAGCUUACCAUCAACAACCAUGCCCCAUGUACAAGCUAUCCAACAGACAUUUGCCAAUUAAGUGCAGACAGAAACAUAUGCAGUUGUAAUCACUUUACUUCUUUAUACUUUAUCUCCUUCUAUUGUAUGCAUAUAUAUAUGAAUGUAUGUAUGUAUAUAUAUGUUUUAUGCUUUUCGUUUAUUGUUUACUAUGAUUAAAUGAUUUAGUAAUGUUAUAUUAAAUUUACGUAUAUUGUGCAAAAUCGAUUCGAAAUCAUGAAAAAUAUUUUAUUUAAAUAGAAAGAAUAUAUAUGUACUCCAA